CGUGCCGUGCAGUCAGUGUCCCAACACCUCUCCUGGUCUUCGGCAAGACAGAGGAGAGUCGUCCACGGAUUACUUCUCUACUUUUUGGAAUUUCUUUCUUUGAAUCGUUCGGAAAAUCGGGCGGGCAAAAUGCCUCAGUUCGGUGAUGACAUGACCAACUCAACCACCAAUGAACCCAACGUGCCCGUAGUGAUGCACUGCACCCGGAUGGCAGGACGAGCGGUCAUCAGGGUCGUCGGCAGGUGCAACGACGCCCAGGAAACCUGCAACCUUGAUCUGUCCGAUUGUCAGCUCAUGCAAAUCCCGGACGCAGUGUACCAUCUGAUGCGCAACACCGUCCUCCAGACGUGUGACCUUUCGACAAACGCCAUCACUAAGAUUGGACCCAGCCUCCCCAAAAAAUUCACCGAGAUCACACAUCUCAAUUUGGCCAACAACAAAAUAAGUGCCCUUCCAGAGCAGAUGUCUGACCUGAGCCAGCUCAGGAUCCUUAACAUGGCCCACAACAACCUCCCUGCCCUUCCACCCUCAGCCAUCAAAAUGCCCGCCCUCGAAGUGCUUGACCUUUCCUACAACAGGAUAGACCACGUCGAUGUGAACGUGCUGAAAAACGCUCCCAGUUUGCGGGUGGUCAACCUGAGCGAGAAUCCCCUGUCGCUGCCCUGCAGGGCGGCCCUGCGGGAGGCGUUUGAAGUGGUCGAGGCGCCAACGGAAAACGCGCGCGGCCUGCAAGUGGUGCUGUCGGCGCCUGAGGACGACGACGACUGGAAGAUUGAGUGAUUUGAAAAUUAAAAUUUUGAUAAUUAUUUCAACGAACUGGAAUAAUGAUCUCACGACAAACUGCAAACACCACAAGAAAAGUAUUAUUAUAUCCGAAAUGCUAUUUCAACAAGAGAGAGAGAAAAGAAACUGUCCAAAGUGCCUCAGCUCAAAGUUUUGAAUGUUUGAAAUUUGAAAAUAUCUGAUCUGUGAUGUGCACGGGGUGAAUUAUAUUAUAUAUAUUUUUCUUCAGAGUUUUGUACUUUGUUUUACGUCGAUGUUGUGAAUCAAACCAAAAGCCUCUCGUUCAAAGAAGGGCCAAUCGAUUGUUCUGUGAAACAUUUAUAACAACUUUGUCUAGUCACACGUCUAGAUGGACUAACAAAUAAAUGUUGUGCAAUCGCCUAUAAUUAUUAUAUAUUAUUGGAAAAGAAUAAUAAUCUGUUCUCUUGGCUAAUAUGAUACUUGUUGAAUAAAAAUAUUCAAGUUUAUUUCUACUAGCAUUAACACAGAA